CUUUGUCUAUGUCUUUCCUUUAGGUUGGCAUUUUAGCACCGUGGAUUCUUACUCAUAUUAUUUCAGUUCAAAUUACUAGCUUAUUAAAAAUUCAUAUGAGCUUUUGAAUAAAGUGCAGUGAAAAUAUCCUUACAUCAUGUACUCGAGUGACGAUUACAACGAGGGUGGAUAUGAAUCCUAUGGUGACUAUGAGCCACACACUGGUGAUCCACAAUAUGAUCUUGAUUAUGAUAAUAGAUCCUAUUAUCAAAUGCCGGACAUGGUAAAGAAGUUUCUAAUUUACUUCCGUAACAUGAUCAAUGAAGGUGUAACAUAUGAGAUUCUUAACCUUUAUGAGAACACCUUUCCCAAGUUAACUGAACAAUACUUUGAAAACACACCAUGGCCAGAUGAGAAAGAAGUGGCACCAAUUGUUGAUAAUGACAAUGUUUUUAUGAUUCUCUACAAAGAGUUGUACUUCCGCGAUAUUUACGCGCGUGUGCCAGGUGGACCGAAACCAGAGCAGAGAUUCCUCUCAUUCUACAAUUAUUGUGACCUUUUCAACUACAUUCUGUCAGCUGAAACUCCAGUGCCUUUGGAGUUGCCUGAUCAAUGGCUUUGGGAGCUGAUUGAUGAAUUUGUGUACCAAUUCCAAUCUUUUGCACAAUACAGGUCUCGUACAUCGAAGUUGAGCACUGCUGAAAUUGAAGCCCUAAACACUGACAAUAAGGCUUGGAAUGUACUCUGCAUUCUUAAUGUUUUGCAUUCCCUUGUGGACAAGUCCAAUAUUAAACGCCAACUUGAGGUGUAUGCUGCAGGUGGUGACCCUGACUCAGUUGCUGGCGAAUUUGGUCGCCAUUCCCUUUACAAGAUGCUGGGUUACUUCUCUCUUGUGGGAUUAUUACGUCUACACUCCCUACUUGGUGAUUACUACCAAGCUAUUAAGGUUCUCGAAAACAUUGAGUUGCACAAAAAGUCCCAGUACUCUCACGUGCCAGCGUGUCAGAUCUCCACCUCGUAUUACGUGGGCUUCGCGUAUAUGAUGAUGCGACGUUACGCAGACGCUAUUCGCACUCUGUCGUCCGCCCUCUUGUAUAUGCAGCGCACGAAACAGCUGUUCUCUUCAAGGUCUUACCAGAACGACCAAAUCAAUAAGCAGACAGAACAGAUGUACCACCUUCUUGCUAUUUGCUUGGUGUUGCACCCCCAGUGUGUUGAUGAGUCUAUUCAGCAAGUCUUACGUGAAAAAAACUAUCACGAGAAGAUGUUCAAGAUGCAGUAUGGAGAUCUUGGAGAGUUUGAGAGCUGCUUUACCUUGGCUUGUCCCAAGUUCCUCUCUGCUUGCCCACCGCCUAUUGAACCUGGCUCAAAUUAUGGACGAGAUGCUGUCAAGCACCAGACCCAAGUCUUUAUGGAUGAGGUGCGUCAACAAAAAAUGUUGCCAACCAUCCGUUCGUACCUGAAGCUGUACACAACGCUGCCGAUGGCCAAGCUCGCCGCGUUCAUGUCUGCAGCUCGCGGCGGUGACCGGGACGCGGUGAGGGAGCACGCGGCGCUCGCGAUACACCUGCUGUGCUUUAAGCACAAGAUGAAGAAUGUCGUGUGGACGAAGGGGCCGAGCGGGCUGGACGGAAAGUUCCAGAGCGGCUCCGAGUUGGACUUCUAUAUUGACAAUGACAUGAUCCAUAUUGCUGAUACUAAGGUUGCACAUCGUUAUGGUGACUUCUUCAUCCGCAAGCUCCUUAAAUUCGAAGAACUCAAUCGCAAAUUACACCACAUCAAGAUAUAAGUCUUUUAAUGUGAAUUUUUGCAAUGUGAAAAAUAAUAAACAAGGAACUCAU